AUGAUCUUAGAUGCACCAAAUCUUCGUAAUGAUUUUUACUUAAAUCUCAUGGAUUGGAGUUCAAAUGGUCUUUUGGCUAUUGCAUUAGAUCAAAAAGUUCAUUUAUACACAUUUCAAACAGGUGAUAUCGAAACUCUUGACAUUUGUACCAAUUCAAAUGAUUAUGUUACUUCAGUACAAUGGGCACAAGAGGUACCAAGUGACAAUAAAACUUGCCUACUUGCAAUUGGUACUUUUUUCUCUGAAGUACAACUUUGGAAUGUCACAACGUUAACAAAACUCCAAUCAAUUCAAUUUCAAUGUCAACGUAUCAGCUCAUUAGCAUGGAAUCAACAUCAUCUUCUCGCGUCAGGAUGUCAAAAUGCAUCCAUUCAAUUCACUGAUUUUCGAUGUGCCCAAUCAUUGGUACAACAGGUACAUUGUAAUCCAGGAGAAAUUUGUGGAUUAAAAUGGUCUCAAGAUGGUGAUAUAUUAGCUUCUGGAAGUCAUAAUCAUGAAUUAUGUUUAUAUGAUCAUAAGAUGAUCCGAUCCAAUGAAUUCAGUCUUCCAAUCAUGAGAAAUCAAGAACAUCAAGGUCCAAUACGAGCACUAGCAUGGAGUCCAUAUAAUCGGUACACUUUAAUUUCAGGAGAUGGUACACUCAAUGGUACACUGAAAUUAUGGCGAACAUCUAAUGGUACAUUACUCCAUUCUGUACCAACAAAUGCACAAGUAUGUGCCAUUGCUUGGUCCAGUACAAGUCAUCAAGUGAUUUCAGCUCAUGGUCAUGGACAAAUGUCUAAUCAACUUGUAAUAUCAAAUGAUUCAACAUUACAACAAAUUGAACAACUUCAAAGUCAUACAGCACGAGUAUUAAACGUUGGAAUUUCACCUGAUGGUACAACUGUAGCAUCUUGUAGUGCUGAUGAAACUCUUCGUUUUUGGAAAGUUUUUCCACUGAAACGAGUUUCAAAACAAUAUCUUGAAUUUCAUCUUUCAGUUAUUCGUUAA